AUGGUUGUUGCAGGACCUCCUAAUCUCAGGAAGAUGUGUGAUCAACCAAAAUACAGCCCAUGCUUCCAGCCUCCACGCCAGUGUGGCCCUCUACCACGCCAAUGUGGCCCACCACCACGCCAAUGUGGCCCACCACCACGCCAAUGUGGCCCACCACCACGCCAAUGUGGCCCACCACCACGCCCAGGCAACCAGUCACCACGACUAUGCUGCCCACCACCAGAUCAGAACAGUUCACCAUGCCAGUGCGGUCCCCAGCCACGCCAGUGCUAUCUGCAGCCACGUCUGUGCUGCCCAAUACCACGCCAGUGUUGUCCACCACCACCCCAGUGCUGCAUUCAACAACAGUGUUUGGAGGCCAAGCCUGAGUCCACUUCUCUUAAUAAGGAAUCUGAGUCCAAAUCACCCCAAACUCAGGACAGGAUCUCUCACGGUUCACAAAAUUCACCUAGGCCAGGGUCACUGGGGCAGCAGAAGAACCCAAGCAAGUAG